UCUGGCUCCAUCUUCUCCCAAUGCCAGCCACUGGGCUUCCUCUCAUCACCAUAUCUGGUCGUGAGUGGAAACAGCAACCGGAUGCUUCGCAGUUAUCCAUCCCGUGAAAUAUCCGUCUCAUUGUUCUGUGCUUUUACGAUCCGUGUUCAUGUGAAACAAUGAGACGAUAGACAGUCCGAACUUAAUACACUGAAAUGGGGGUGCCAUAGCUCGGUUUAACCACCAAAUCCCCUCUUGUCUGGGAGAAACCCUGACUCAUGCUGAGGUAUGGGCCCAGACCAUGUGUCUAUCCCCGUGUCCACCCUCUCAUUAGACGUCUCUUCACAUGACUGUGCUAGAAUAAGCUGCGUUCUCCCUCCUGGCUUCUCCUCCAUAUCGCUGUUUCCCGACAUUUACACGGAAGCUACCUCUCUUUUUGAUAUUUUUUUUCUAAUCUAUUCUAUCUUUUGAACCAUUUUUCAUGAUGACCCGCUCAUUGCAUACUUCUUACAAACCACCUUUUACAUCAAGCUUCCGAUGUCUGGUGUUAAUACCUAACUAUUACUGAUUUGUGCCGACUCAAAAAAAAAAAUACACAAAUAUAUAUAUUUUCUGCACUGAUAAUCCUUAAUAUGCCUUAUCCUUUUUUUAUGGUUGGUUUGGUAUGUUUGCUUUAUAAACGGAGUCAGUGCUGCUAAAUCCCAUUUCCCUUCUUUCCCUGUCUACCAUCCUUUCUAUCGCUCCACUGCCACCUCACCAUAUAAACCCAUUCCCUGUCCCCUACACUCUCUACCUGUCUUUAUCCAUUAUUAAUUUAUUUUUUUUUCAAUCGUAAACAUCUGACAAGUCAUGUGGUCCACCUUCUUUCUGCACGAAGAGGAUGGCAGGCCGAUUCCACCAGGAGCGGGAGUAGGAGCCGGAGCAGGUACUCUGGGACUGACCGGUGUCAUGGGUGGCAGAGGGGCUGGGGCUGGUGCUAUGGGAGUUAAGCGCCGUGCAAAAGCGUCAACAUCAGGAGGCAUGAGCGAGGUCCAGGAGGGCAAGAUCAAGCUGGCGUUCUUCGUGGCCAUCGUGGGUGUGGUGUUGACUGUCUUGGGCUUGGGCACAGAGUAUUGGGUGGUGCUGUCUCCGCCCAAGAACUUCUACAACAACCAGACAUGUCUGGCAGCACACUACGGGCUGUGGAAAGGAUGCACCCGGACUCUGUGGGUGGCUGACAUAGACCCUGAGCGAGAGAGCUGUGGGCCGGCUGAACUGCCCGGAGAAUCUAACUGCACCUACUUCAAGUUCUACACCACUGGAGAGAAUGCCGUCAUCUUCCAGAAGACAACAGAAAAGAGUCUGAAUGUGGCGGCGGCCAUGAUGGCCCUCUUCGGUCUCUUCCUGAUGGUCACAGGGUCCAUAUGCAUCACCACAGCCCUCAGCAAAGGAGAAUCAUUCUUCCUCAAGGCUGCAUCGGUUUGCUUCAUUCUGUCAGGCCUCUUGAUCCUCCUGUCUCUUAUUGUUUUCAACCAAUCGGUACUCUCCUUCCUAGCCAGUGACCAUUCGGUGCCGUUGCAUCAUGAGUUGUCUUGGUCAGUAUCCUGUGUUGGGUUUGCAGGGGCCAUUCUUAUUUUGGGCGGAACCCUCUUUCUCUUGCUUGCGCUACCAUUCAGCCCCUGGCGAAGGUGUUUUCCCCCCAAAAAUGAAAGUGAUAGCUAGUAGCGAGGAGGAGGUAUUGCACUUUAUCUGUAUUGUCUUAUGACUGUUGAGAAAUGGACGGUCUCCUGCAAUUUGACAUUGAAUCAUUUGAAGUUGUGUAAAGAGGGGUUCAAGUUGUUCAUCGUCUUGGAUGUUUUUUUCUCUCCUCAUUUUGCAUAAAUCAGUAGGUCAUUGAAGGGACACUAUACUGUUCUUGACUUAUGAAAGGUGAAGAAUUAACGCAAUGCCAAAUUACUUGUGUGCUAGUUGACAGCAAACGUUUUCUCACAUUGAAUGUGCAAAAUGUAAUGUGCCAGUGUGUCCCCCCUUCUCAAGUGUGAAAUUCAAUUGAAUUCAAAAUCAUUUUAAAUGAAUUUAACAAAAACAACAUUUUGCAGUUGUGUUUUGAAUUGGUUAACAUUACUUCAUUAUUUUUUGCCAAAUCUUUGAUGAUAUUCUGAUCAACAGUCUUAUUAGAGAGUAUAAUCCUUAAGGAUAGUAAUUGGGAUUCAGAUGUAUUUCACAGAAUGAAAGUACAGUACAAAAAUUCUCAUGAUAUUGCAAUGUUUUUACAACUGCCUUUAAUAUACGAAUGUGUAUAUAUCAAAGAGACAUUAGCCUCUAAAUCCAAAUGUUUUCAGACCUCAAAGGUCAAGAUUAGUCUACGUCCCAGGCCAUCAUGUUUGUGAAUUCAGUUAUAUGUCACAAUAUAAAAGUAAUGUAAAAGACAAGCACCAUGUAAAUUCCAGAUAUGCAGAGCUUCUGUUUUCCAUUAAAGUUGUGUAGUGUAAGAUGUGUGGACUCCUAUUGACAUUAGACUACUUUCGAAGUCUAAAAUGUGAUUUUGGAGUCUAAUGUCCCUUAAAAUUUUAGAUACACCAUCUGCUCUGGGUGUGUGGGUGACUAUAUUAUAGAAAUUACAAUAAAUUAUUAAAGCAGCACUGCCUAAAAACAUCACUGCCUGAAAGGACAGGCAAUUUCAUCGUAAACCCUAUUCAAGAGUUAAGAGGCUACUAACCAGUUAUAUAAGGUUGCAUUGUAAAUACACUAUUCAAAGUCAUAUGAGCCUUUAGUGUUGUAAAUGAAUAACGUAAAAACAUUUCAUGUGUUCUGUGUAACCCAAAUGUCACACGUUUAUAAAUACUGUAAGAUUUUGUAUCUGUUUUGUCUUUUUCUAGUGAGAUAGUUGUCAUAGUUGUGCAUAUCUGUAUUUAAAUGGGUAAUGAAAAGGGUAAAUUGUGUCUGUGGUUUUCAAUGGAAAUAAUUGCGUAUGUAAGACUUGAUUUAUUAUUAAAUGUGAAGACAACA